GCGAGAUUAAACACCGCGCAGCCUCCGCUGCGAACCGAACAGCGGCCCGGACCUCCCCCGAGGCAGCCCCCGCGCGCCACGGGCAGCCCCCGGCGCCACACGUAACAGCACCCGCAACAAAAGCAACAACGAGCGCCAAGCACCAUGGGCAAAAAAAAGGGCAAGAAGGGCAAGAAGCAGCCCACGGAGGCCGAGCUCGCCGCCGCGGCCCUCGCUGCGGAAGAGGCGGCCAAGGCCAAGGCCGCCGAGGAGGCCGAGGCCAUCGCGUACAAGGAGCGCGUCGAGCGGCUCAAGGAGUCGAUCAGGGCCAAGGAGGAGGACCUGGCGCGGCGCGAGACGGACGUAGAUGCCGCCGAGAUCAACUGGAAGAAGAAGCUCGAGGGCCUCGACGCCGAAGUUACGUUGAGAGCGCGGUCCGGCAUCGCGGCCGCCGAAGCCAGAGAAGCGGCGACGGCGCGAUUGGCGGUAAUGCGCGAGGACCAGGCCAUGAAGCGUCUCUCGGUCUUCGCCGAGGCCGAGAGCAAGAUGGCCGUCCGGGAAGUGGAAGUUAGUGCAAGGGAAGAAGCCAUGGAAGCUCGAGUGAACGGGGGCGUCGCCGAACAUUUGGACACGAUGCUCGCGGCGCAAGCCGACACGCGGGACGUCAUGGAGGCGCGGCGCAAGGAGAUCGCUUCACAAUUAGGCGAAUUGGACACGAUCGAGAAGAGCUGGCGCGACACGGUGCUCAAGAAGGAGGCCGAGCUCGCGCAGCGCGAGCGCGAGGCGCGCGGCCGCGUCGCCGCGUACGAGAAGAAGCUGCUCGAGCGGGACUUCACGCUGAAGAGGAGGCUCAUGCGGGACAUCCGCAAGGUCUACAACAAGGUCGUGGGCCAGGAGGAGGAGUGCGCCGUGCGCGACCGGCGCAUGGCCGCGCGCGAGGCCGAGGUCACGCAGCGCGGGAAAGACGUCGAAAAAAUGGUCAAGGACGCGCGGUCUUACGAAAGGAGGGCCAAGAAGGCGGCCGCGGGCGCGACGAAGGUUGUGAAGGACGAGGACGCGCCCUGGGAGACGAGCGCGCUGGCGGCGACGGCGGCGGACAAGCCUAGACCGUACGCGGCGCGGAACCUCCCUCCCAAAAAACCUCCCACGCCGGAGCCCGACUUCGAUCCGGAGACGGAGUUCUUCUUGACGGAAGCGGCGAACCUCGACCCCGCAGUCGACGCGACGCCCGACCUUCCGCCCGGGAUCGACGCGACGCCCGACGCGAGCUGGGCGCCGAACAUGACGUCUGCGCAGAAGCCCGCCCCGGCGGCGGCGCCGGUAAGUGCGCCGCUUAGUGCGUAAUACAAGAAUCAAG